GGCCUCUCCACUAGCUCCAGCUGCGUGCGUAUGGCGUUCAGGGCUCUUCCGUCAGACGCUGGGCUUCCCGGAGCCCCCGGCUCCGAGGGGUGCAGCAGCGGCCCUUUCCUGUUUGGGACCCAGUUACGCUGCGAGGAUCUGUGCCACGGCUCAGGCCAGGCCAAGGCCCCUGCGGUGGCCAAGGGUCCAGUCUCCUACCUCCCACGGAACGUGCUCAGCGAGAGGCAGCGCAGGAAGCGGAUCUCCUUGAGCUGUGAGCGCCUGCGGGCCCUGCUGCCCCAGUUCGACGGCCGGCGGGAGGACAUGGCUUCAGUCCUGGAGAUGUCGGUGCAGUUCCUCCGGCUCGCCAGCACCCUGGUGCCCGGCUGGGAGAAGCACGCUGAGACAUGGCACACGUGGCAGAAGGAUGUUUUGCAGGUGGCCCUGGCGAGUCAGACCCCAGCAGGUGCCCCGGACCCCGGCGUGGGAACGUCCAGCGUGACCAUGCAGCAGGCUUCCCCGAGCCGUGCAGCUGCGGAUGUGGACGACGAGCCGCCCAGCCUGGUCCUCCGGUCUCCAGGCCUGAGUCCCUCCAGGGCCCUGAGGCCGCCCAUGCUGUGGUCGCGGCAGCCACCCUCCCCGCUGGUGAGCGAAGAGUCUCAGAGCUGCUUGGGCCGGGCUGGGUCCCCAGGUCAAGGGACUGACAAGGCCAUAACGCUGGAUGCCAGGUCUGUGUCGGGGUAUGACGUCGAAGACGGGUCGUCCUUUCUGCUGACGGCCAGUCCUGACUGGUGGCUGGGGUCCCUGGAGGGCAGAGGCAGCAGUGCCCCUUUUCGGGUCCCCGCCAGGAGCAGCGUGCUGGACAGGGCAGAGCCCAGCUUCCUGGGCGACCAUGAGCCCGGCUCCCAGGACCCCCCUGACGGGCCCCUGGAGCCAUGGAGCUCAGACGUGAGCUGCCCCAGCUCGGCCCUGCGGGAGGAGGUAGACACCAUCUUCCCCGACUUCUUUGCUUACUGAGGGCCGGGUCGCGCCAGGCCGCGGGGCACGGGGCCUUUGCAGCAGCUCGUGCGGCACGCUUGGGCAUUGCUUUUGGGGUUUGGGCUGCAGCUGUGCUCUAAUUCCAGCGAGGCUGUGGGGUGGGGGGCUGGGGAAGCGGAGGCUGGAUAUUAAAAGAGGAAAAGCAGUGUU